AUGGCUGCGAUGUCCGCAAAACAGACCGAAGAAGAAGGAUGGAUCGCUACGACGUUUGAGCGGAAAUAUUACCAUCGUGAGAGAGUGUUAAUCAAGAGAAGCCUCCGUCCAAAUGAGUAUCGCACCGGAUUUCGCGGGCUACACGUCCCUCGCCUCGGCAAGGAACGUCUUAUGAACGAAGCCAAGUCUUUACAAUUUAUUCAACAGCACACUGAUAUACCAGUACCGACUGUGUAUUGUUAUUUCGAGGAUGACGGAGCAUAUUACUUGAUCACGGAGUAUAUUGAAGGUGUGAGCAUGUCCGAGCUUCCAGAGGGGCAAAAGGCUGUGGUUAGCGAAGAGCUCGAGAGUCACCUAGCGAAACUCAAGACCUUGAAAUCCUGCCGGCUUGGAGACAUAGACUACUGGCAUCUACGGGCUUCAAGUCAGGAUACAUACGUCUUCUGCAUUAUCGAUUGGGAAUAUGCUGGCUUCUUCCCGCCUCGCUUUGAAUACCCUUUCCACAGAAGGCUUGGCCCUUCAUCAGCCAUCAAAGGUGAAGUCGAUGACUCAUUCGACUUGCUCCAGUUUCUCCAAUCCGAAGCAAGUCACAGCUCCUAGGCUCCGCCACGGUUGUUAGGUGGAACUGCCUUUGAAUGAUCUGGCUUCCUCAAGAUUCGGUUCUCGAAGAAAGGUUGAACUCACGAUGGAGGAAGAUAGAGGCUGAAGGAGUGUGGGCGUCGGCACAGCCACUCAGCACGUAUAUUUGUGGAUUGGUAAUGAACCGGCUGCAAAGAGAGGCAAGCUACAGAUUGGAAGUAACUUUUAAGGACAAGCGGAGAUGUUAUAAGUGGUUUCUGUAAGCGUAUAUGAACUCAAAGCC